CUAAACCUCGUUUUGGCUUCAGUGUCUGUGUACUCUCCCCAUCUGCACAUCUUCCUCUGGUUGUCCUUGGCCUUGGGCCCUAUCAUCAGUUCUCUUCUCAGUGCCAUUCAUUCAUUCAUUCAUUCAUUCAACAAGCAUCUUCUGAGGGCCUCCUAUGUGGCAAGCUCUAUUCUAGGUGCCAGCUUAACUUAACAGUAAUUCCUCAGCUGUGUUGUUCCCUCUCCUCUGCAGGUGCAGAGUGAAAGGUUCUGGGAGGGUCAGGCAGUUAGACAUCUUGCAUCCUCUCGAAUGCCCUUGGGGGAUUGCCACCAGCGACCCCCAGAACUGACCUCAGGGCUUGAGAUAUUAUCUGCUCACAUGCUCUGUCCCCGUUGGUCACCCCCUGCUGAUCAGGUAGCCAAGAUCUCACUGACUGAUUUAGCCUCCAUCUAGCAGUUACUGUGCUUGUGGUCCACUAGACCCUUUAGAUUGUUUUCAGUUGUUACACUUGGGCCUGUGCCUCUGUCCUCUUUUCUGUGUGUGGCGUGUCAUGGCAGCUUCCCCUCUCCUCUCUCCCACGCCCAGAUACACUCACAUAUUCCAGUUCUUCCAUUUACUGGAAUAUACUAGCCGAGCCCCCUGGUUCUGCCUCAGGCACUGCAGAUGCAAACAUCUGUCAGAUUCUUCCUCAGCCUCAAGUCUCCUGGGGGAAACUGAGGCUUGAUGUGGGUGGAAUAAGUGCUGGGAUUUUAGUGGGAGGAGACCCGGGCGUGUUGAGGCAGGGCCAGCGGGCAGGAAUCCUGCAGGUCAGUGAUUCUCACAGGCCCUGGGCCGGCAGCAUCAGCAUCCCCUGGGAGGCUGGUAGAAGUGCAGAUGCCCAGGCCUCGUCAGCCCUAUUAAAUCAGAAGCGCUGGGGGUAGAGCCCAGUGAUUGUGUUCUGAGUCCUGCAGGGGAUUCUGAUGAGAUCUAAACUUUGCGCAGGGGUUUAGGUGAGAGGUGGUGGUGGUGGCCAGGCCAGUCCUGGCAGUGGGGCUGGCCGGGAGGGCUCCCAGGGUCCCUGGGAGGCAGAAGGAAGGCCUUGGCUGUUGAGUGUGGAGGGGUGAGGCUGAGGUGAGGGUGAGGUGGCUGCACAUCUCCGAUCAGUUGAGUGUGGAGGGGUGAGGCUGCAGGCUCUGGCUGGGGUGACUGCACAUCUCCGAUCAGCAGGACCGCUCCGUUCCUUGUCCCCCCUACCCUCCCGCCAGGGGGUCUUCCAGUCUCUCCAGCGAGCACCUGCUCCCCACCCCCUUCCCCUUCUCACUGCCCCGUGCAGGCUCCCUUCUUCACAAACAAGCCCUUCCGAGGUCGUCAGGUAGUCAGGUAGUCAGGGCGGUUACCACAGCAGUUGACAUCAGCAGCCUGGUCCCCGAGGAGCCUGUCGCCCUCCCGCCCGCGGCCCGUGCCUCCAUGACUGCCUCUUGGAGGAGGGGAGAGGAGGCGCUGGGGGCCUCCCACCCCCGUUUGAGGACUGGGCAGGGCAAGGAGGGGAGGGGCCGGGGGAGGGCCGAAGGGUAGCGGGGCGUCCUCGGGGGCCCUCUGGCCCUGGCGGCGAGGCCCCGGCACACCGCGCUCCUAGGCGGCCGCGCGAGGAGCGGCGGCGGCGGCGGCGGCACCCGGGCAUGGCGGCGGACGGGCCGAAGCAGCUGCAGCUCAGCAUGCCCUUGGUCCUGGACCAGGACCUGACCAGGCAGAUGCGGCUGCGCGGGGAGAGCCUGAAGCUGCGCGGGGGGAGGCGCCAGGACGGCGAGAAGCUGCUGCAGCCGGCCGAGGCCAUGUACCGCCUGGACUUCGUCCGGCAGCAGAAGCUGCAGUUCGAGCGCUGGGACGUGGUGCUGGACAAGCCCGGCAAGGUCACCAUCACGGGCACCUCCCAGAACUGGACGCCCGACCUCACCAACCUCAUGACGCGCCAGCUGCUGGACCCCACUGCCAUCUUCUGGCGCAGGGAGGACUCGGACGCCAUGGAUUGGAACGAGGCCGAUGCCCUGGAGUUUGGGGAGCGCCUGGCGGAUCUGGCGAAGAUCCGCAAGGUCAUGUACUUCCUCCUCACCUUCGCCCAGGGCCUGGAGCCCGCCGACGUCCAGGCCUCUGUGGUCUUUAACCAGCUCUGACGGCAGCUCCUGGCUGCUGCCCCCUCCCCGUGCCCGCCCGCCCCGUCCCCUGCCCGCACCCCCUUCCCCGAGGCGUGUGUUUGAGGACAUUCUUCUAGCUGCUGGCCUGUACAGCGGGACCCGCUGAGCCUGUGUCCUUCCUCCUCUCCUUUCCCCGGUGCUGGCACUCCUGCUCAUGGGAGGAAGAUGCAGAGGCCCUGUAGUCUAGAAGCUGACCCGACUGCCGCUGCUUCUGCUGUAGACCGUGGAGGCCCGGUCGGGGCCAAGCAUCUGCCUUCUCUCUGCUUCGUUGUCCGGAGAGCGACUCAGAACGAGAGAGACAGACACCGAGAAAGAGAGAUCCAAAGCGCCAGCCGCCGGGCUUCCUCGGGAGACGGAGAGACGACGGAGCAGCCCCCUGGGGAAUCCGCAAGCCUUUGCUGCCCUCCUGGCCGCAGCGCCCUUUGCUGAAGUCCAGAGGAACAGGCCCGUGACAUUUUCCUCACGAAGCAGAGCCACUGAGCGCCGCGGGGCCCUACGAAUAGACGAACCGAGAGACAGAGGGCGAGAGCCAUCCUCGGUGGCUGGGGCUGCUGGGAGGGUGAGCUCCCACUCUGGAGGCCUGCAGACAGGAGUGGGGUGUUGGAGUUGGGAUUCUUUAGGUGGGGAUUGGCUGUGGUCCUUUCUGACUCUCAGCUCUCGGGCCUGUUCCCGGCUGGGCUUGCCCGCCCAUCUUCUCUGUUGACAGCUAGGGGUGUCCAGACUCCUGGAGAUGGCCUUGCCCUUCGCCUCUCUGCUUGACCUCCCCCUGCAGCUCGGGGGGCCCUCGUGGUGCAGACUGCCUGUACCCCCACCCUGAGCCACCACAUCCACCCCAUGCACUGUGUGUCCCCAAUAAAGCCUCUGUGUCCCCACCUCGUGGUGUGCAGUCUCUCACCGCGAGCCACCCCUGCCCCUUCAGGAGCUCUGACAGCCCUCUCGAGCCCUCAGAGCCCUGAGCAUGCCCUCCCGCGCCUUCUCCCGCAUUCCCUUCAACUCCUGCUGCUUUCAGAGAUGAGGCCUCGAGCAGUCCAGGGACUGGCCCAAGGUCAGACAUCAGGAUGGAGUUUAGAACCGGGUCUCCUGACACCCAGCCAGGUAUUAACACCCCUGACAGUUUUUCCCCCGUGGCCCCCAGACCAGCCUCUGUCUGGAGCGUGGAGCCAUGCUGAGGCCCCAGGGAGGUGCCGUCUGGUCCAAGCCAUGCACAAUCUCCAGUCUCCCCCGACUUGUAGGGUGGCUGGGCAGGGGGCAGACGGGACGGGGAGUGGCAUGGUUGGGGUGGGGUGGGGUUAGGCCCACGUCCAGGUUUCACUCAGCCUCUGUCACCAGUUGAACGCACGUCCUCAGGCGGCCCCCUGCUGACCACCACAUCACCUUAACAUCACCUUAGUGCCCCACUUGGCCUUUCUCUAGAGCUCUUUCCCCUUGUCAUCUCUCUGGAGCUCACUCAGUUUUUGGACAGAGACGAAGAGGCCCAGAAAAUGAGGCCAUCUGCCUGAAGUCACAGCAGGCCUGGAGGGGCCAAAGGAGGGGUACGUGUGUGGACCAGGCUCUGGGUCUGUGGCCCCCUGGGGUGGACAGGGGCAGUGCCCCACCCCUCCUGAGGGCCCAGGCCCGGGCGAGGCCAGCUUCUUCCCAGGGACCGAGGUCAGGUCCUGCUUCAGAGGCCACACUUGGGGUUUUGCUUGGGAAUGACCCUUGCUUUGAAAUGCUCUGCGCAGCCAGGUCUCCCUGCGCCGUCCUCCACUCCGAGCCCUCCCCAGAGCAGCUGCGGUUGCCUUGUUUCCCUUCCCCAAGCCCUGCCCUUCCGGCCCCGGCCUCCAUCCACUCCUGAAGAUGCCUUUGGAAGGGGUAGGGGCAGCAGAGCCCAGCCCUUCCACCCCUGCUCUCCUCCUUGGCUCUGCAUCCGAGACUGGCCGUGGGGAGUGCCGGAAGUGGGAAAUGAGGACCCAUUUUCCAGGAAACCCACAAGAAACCAUAGAGUGAAGAGACCUAUCGUCUCCUGAGCUUCUGCCUCCCACUGAGGCAGUGGGUGCCGUGCUGAGGGGCCCGCCACUGACCACCGAUGUGACCCUAGGCAGCCUCCUGGGCCUGUUGGCAGGGGCUAAUGAUGGUGCCUCCUUGUAGGGCCCAUGUGAAGCUUAAAUGAGUUAAUGUUAGUGAAACACUCAGGGCGUCGGGAGCUGGCACACGGCACCCUCUCUCCAUUUGCUCAUCGUGACUCUCCCAGUCACUGUAGAUGCAUGGUCUUACUUUGCAGUUAUUCUGAGAGGAGUGUCCGCAGCACUGAUUUACAGAGCAGCAGCGCAGGGUUCAGAGAGGGGAAGUGAGUUGCCCGAGGUGGCACAGCAGCCCAAUGCUUCUGGGAGCGGGCAGUGUGGGGUGGAGGGACAGGCGGGGGCCUGGCUCUGGUUGGAGAGUGGACGAGAGGGCAUGGAUUCUCCUCCCAUAAUCACUGGGCUCAGAGUGGCCCAGCUGAGGGGAUCUUUAGCCCCCACGGUGCAGCUGGGCAGCCCAGCAGGAGGGGGCCUGACCCAAGCCUGGGGUCCCACCCGGGUCUCUGAGCAUCUGGCUGUGCCCUGUGGACAGGAACCCCCAGGCCCCUGCAGAUGCAUCAGGUCCUCUCUCCGGGUGGUGAGCGACGGGGCUCUGCGCUCCCGAGGGUGUGCGGAGUAGGGGUGGGGGGCCCAAGCUUCCUGGCCUCUUCCCGUCGUGGCAUCUGAAACCCAGGAAUUUGAGACUCUUGGAAUCAGAAGCUGAGAACUGAGGAACUUCAGAUGCUUGGAACCAGGCAUCCUCUAGUUUGGGGACUCACCCACCUGACUUGGGUAACACAGGAACUGCCCCCCUGCAACCCUUCAGCCCUCAGCCCUGCUGGCCUUUUGCAGAAAUGCCCCCAGCUGGCCCUCUGGGCUCCGGGGCAGAAAUCCGCGAAAAGCUCCUUCCCCAUGCCACACCUGCACACACACUGACAUUCACGCACUUGCACACUCACACGGGCGUGUCCCACUGGCCAGAGUCCCAGGAGGAUUUGAGCCAGGAGCGUUCCAGGCACCAGGGCCCCAUGGCGCCCGCAUCGCCUGAGCUUUCUGGGCUGAUUCUGCAGUGGGUGCCGCGGGGGCCUCCAAAUCCCACACAAUCCUUGCCUGGCCGCCAGCUCAGCCUAAGUAAGGGCGUCGAUCCCUCAGGCCUCUCUUUUCCCAUCUGCAUGGGGGGCUGUUGUUGAGGUUUCCCCCCAGGAGGGAGGCUGACCAGGUCACCUGAGCUGCCCACCAGCCCCAAGGUUUGCAGACUUGUGUGGGUGCACCUGCCUGUCCUGCGUUCCCCAGCGGGAUGACCCCUCACAGGUGCACAGCCCUCCGCGGUUCAGGCGGCACCCCCGAGGCCACUGUCCAUCCUGGGUCUCCCAGCAGCCCCGGAGUAGGGGCGGCAGAUGCCGACGCUGAGCAGCGGCCGGUCGGAAGCUGAGUCCGGGCCAUGCAGUGCAGUUGGACACGUGUCCAGGAGUGGCUGCAAGGUCACCAGCCGGACAGGGCCUUGCUGCGGCUGGCCCUUGGAGACUUUUCUUCCAGAAAGACUUGCCUGGCUGUGGAGCUGGCCUCCCAUGAUGGGGGGGGGGGAGGGCGGGAUCUGGGCCUGGAGUGGGGCUCAGCCCCGCCCUCCAGAAGCUCCGCUCAGUGAUCAGGGAAAGAGCCUGGGGGAGGGGCUGCCCCCGGGGAGCUCCAGACCCCGAGAGCCCAGAAGCUGCUGCUCAGCUCGCCCCUGAGGGACAAGGAAGGGGACGGUACCGGAGAGGGAGCCAGGCGUGCAGAUUUGCUUGGGGCCCGAGAUGGGAGGCGGUGUUUGGGGGUGAGGCCGAGAGGGCUGUGAAUGCGGGGACAGGGAGCUGGGGGCCGUGGGGAUGGGGCGUUUCAACUGGAGACAACAUGGGAGGAGAGAGAUGGCUUAAUGCGCUCCCUUGUACCCCUCCCUCUGCCUCAGCAACUGUCAACUCUCCCCCAGUCUUGUUUCCUCUUAUUCCCCCCCUCCCACGCCCUCCAGGCAACAUGUCAUUUUGUCUGUAAAUAUUUCCGGAUGCAUCUCUGGAGAAUAAGGGGUCAUCAAAAGCAAAACAAAACAGAAACAAAACUCUGUGACUGCAAUCCUGUAACACAACUAAAAUAAUUUCACAUUUCACGAUAAUUCCCUCAUUGCAUCAAAUGCCCGGGAGGAGUUUUGGUUUCCAAUUUCUGCCAUAAAUGUGUGUAUGUUUCUUUUCUUUUUUUUUUUUUUAAAGAUUUUAUUUAUUUAUUUGACAGAGAGAGAGACAGUGAGAGAGGGAACACAAGCAGGGGGAGUGGGAGAGGGAGAAGCAGGCUUCCUGCCGAGCAGGGAGCCCGAUGCGGGACUCGAUCCCAGGACCCUGGGAUUAUGACCUGAGCUGAAGGCAGUCGCUUAACCAACUGAGCCACCCAGGUGCCCCUGUGUGUAUGUUUCUUUAAAAAUUUUAUACCAUUAGUUUCAAAUGUAAAGUUCAGUAAAUCAUCAGUUGCAGAUAGUACCCUGUGCUCAUCACAUCACGUGCCCUCUUUAAUGCCCAUCACCCAGUUACACCACUCCCCCCACCCACCUCUCCUUCCUCAACCCUCAGUUUGUUUCCUAGAGUUAAGAGUUUCCAUUGGUUUUUCUCUCUCUCUGAUGACUUCCCAUUCAGUUUUCUCUCCCUUCCCCUAUGAUCCUCUGUACUUUUUCUUAUAUUCCACAUGUGAGUGAAACCAUAUAACUUUCUCUGAUUGACUUAUUUCACUUAUUUCACUUAGCAGUUCCAUCCAUAUCGAUGCAAAUGGUAAAUUCAUCCUUUUGAUGGCUGAGUAAUAUUCCAUUGUGUGUGUGUGUGUGUGUGUGUGUAUCAGAUCUUCUUUAUGCAUUCACCUGUCGAUAGACAUCUUGGUUCUUUCCAGUUUGGCUAUUAUGGACAUUGCUGCUAUGAACCUUGGGGUGCUCGUGCCCCUUCGGGUCACUGCAUAUAUUACAAAGCUGUGACCAUCAAGACAGUAUGGUA